GAAAAGCUCUCACUUUAUCAGCACGAGCAGACCCUCUCUUUGGGCCCCCACAUUUCUCUUAAAGCAACCACAGCACUCUUCUCUCUGUCCCCAUUAUAAAGCCAGGGGACAUCCUCCCACCCUCCACAUUCCAUUGAAACAUAUACCUCACUGUAAUUAUUAUCACCACCACAUUCCUGAGUCCUAACUUGCAGUCUCACUACCUUCUUUGGUGCUCAACUAAUGGAGGAUGUGAAGAAGUGGAGGCAGGUCCCGGCGUUUGGGAGCUGGAAUUUCUGCGACGAGGACCCGAUCGCCAAGUACUUCGGGCCAGUGAGAGGGGCUGGUUUGAUCCAAGCUCACUUCUUUGGAGAAGAUGGUAAGGUUGUCUUCAAGGUGGUGUCCCAACAGCAUCAGGGAAAGAGGAAGAAGGGAGGAGGGAAAAGAGAAGGAAUGCAGCAGUAUGAGAAGGAGAGGAGGAAGCCAAAGCCUGUAGACGAGGACUUGUACAAGAUACCCCCAGAGCUCCUGUAUCAAGCUCCUAAGAAGAAGAAGUUGCUGAGGAAUUUGUGGGCUGGGUGUCUAGGCAUGAGCUGCAUCCCCUAAAUGGCCUUGGGCUAUGGAAGGCCAGAUCCUAUGCUGUGGUUUCUGUAGCUUGUACCUCCAAUCUUUCCUUCUGCCAUGAGAUAUAUUGUAAGAUAGUAUAUAGUGUUUUGAUGAGGAAAUGGAAGAAAUUACUGGCUUGUUGGACUGUCCACCAGUACUACUUUUUGUGAUUUU